UUUUAAUUUGUAUAAUUUAAUAGAUAUCGAAUUUUUCAUCAGUUAUGAUGCCAUUUUUAGACUUCCAAACUAUAAUAUUUUAAAAUAUAUCUGUAGAACGUGUUGAGCACAUGAACCAAUAUUAAAUAGUACGUAAAAACAAAUAUGUAUAAAUAUUUUGAGAUAAGCAACGAUUUCUUUUAGUCGAUUUAAAUAUUUUCUUCAUUGGUCGUUCAUUGAUUGUCUAUUAAGAACAGAAGAAAAAUGAAGGUGUUUUGUUGUUUAUUUUUCACUGCAUUCUGUUGUGGUGUGGUACACUGCUCAACAACUGAAGAAUCACCUUAUAACAAGGAUGUAAGAAUGAUAGCACAAUUAAGACAAUUGGCAGAAGAACCCGACCAAUUAGCGAAAUUGAAAAGAGCAGUUUUAAACGUUUGUCCAGAAUCUGGGGAAAAAUUAGAGAAAGCUUACAUGAAAAUGCGGGAAUGUAUCUCUUCAACUGAUUUGGAAGCAGAAACAAUGUGUUCUUUUGUAAAAAACCACGUAGAAAAAUGUUCCAGACCAAUCAUUUCUAUGCUAGAACAAUGUCUUCCAGAUAAAUCAAAAGAUCUGCCAUCUUUCUUGAUGAAAUCUGCCGUUUCUUCAAUAAGAUAUGUAUGCAAAAUUGAUGGUGAACAUCUUUUUGAAUUGCAGAAUCCAUGUUUGUUGAAUGGCUUAAAGAGGAGAUGUAUUUUGAAAACUCAGUCAAAAAUGCAACAGUAUGUUUCAAAUACGCCUUCUAAACAAGAACUUUGCGAUUUCCUUUCAUCAUUGAGGUUUUGCUUAAAAUCUCAUGUAGACUCGUCUUGUCGUCACCCAAUAACUAAAGAAGCGUUCAUGAAUCUUUUUGAUACUAGUUUUAGUCUAUGCGAAACUACAGAUGAAAGUUUUAACGAAGUUGAACAAUUUUAAAUAGCAUUUUCAAUAACUAUACACUGUUUUCUAAAAUUAUGAAUAAAAAAUUGUAUUAUUUAUAUUCAUUUUAAAAUAAAUAAAAUGCGAGUAGAAAAUAA